UUCAUGGUACCUGGUCAAUACGUUUGCGGUUUACCGUCAAUUUUUUUUCCCUUUCACUAACCUGCCAUUAGAAUUUGGCCUCACACUUGGUAAGUCAUUCACCUCUACCUUGUAUGUUAAACAAUUUUCACCCUAUAUAUAACUCAUCCCCCUACAAAUCUUUCAAAUUGUCCUCAUCCUUAUUAAUUUGCAGUGUUUUCUAUCUAAAAAACUUCUGCAAAUCCUAAAGGAUCAUCAUUAUUCUGUCAAUCACUAACCAAAAAAGAUCAAAUAUAUUACCCCAUAAAAGGAAAAAACAUGGCACGUCAAGUUAUUGUUUUGGCUAUUUUAUUCGUUGCUAUUGCUGGAGUAGCUUCCGCGGAUAAUUCACCAACAAGCUCACCAUCUUCAUCCCCCUCAUCAACACCAUCAGCAAAAUCCCCAUCACCAUCAACAUCAACACCUCCAACAUCAUCACCACCAUCACCAUCAACAAAUGGAUCAUCACCACCCACAUCCACACCACCACCACCACCAGCAGCUGCACCAGCCGCUAACAGCAGUAGUGCCAAUGCACCUGCUGCUGCCACCCCUAAAUCAUCACCUCCUACUUCGGCAACUACCCCAUCAUCAUCAUCAUCAACACCACCAUCUCCAUCACCACCAUCACCAGCAUCAUCUCCUAAAUCAUCCGACUCCAGCUCUACUCCCUCUCCUUCUUCUUCUCCAACUUCAAGUGCCCAAUCUCCUGAUGACGCAACCGCAUCACCACCAUCUCCCGGCAGUGUUUCUACCUCACCCACCACCUCUGAGGCUCCCACAGCUGAUGCACCCUCCACUGGCAGUAGCAGCGACGCCGCCACUUUCAAGGCCGUCUCUUCUGUUUUUGGUGUAGCAGUGGCUGCCGCAUUCUUCUUCUAAGUUAUUUUUACUCUUAUGACGUAUCGUCACAGAGUAGAGUGAAGAGAAAAAAAGAAUCAUAAUUCUAUGAAAUUUUUUUCAUGGAAAUUAAUUAAAGAAAGAGAGAAGAGCUAGCAAAUUGGUGGUCAUUCCUCUGGGAAAUACGUUGAUUUAGUGAAAUGUAUUUGUAACUACUUCCUUUGUUGAUCAAUCAUACGUGUAUAUUUAUGUUUUAAUUAGCUUUAAUAAAAUGAUCAAAUGAAAAGAUCUGUGUGUUUGAAUGAA